AUGUCUCUCAAUACUCUAACUUUACCAAAAUCUUUGUCCGACCCAAUUCAAUGGGACAAACUCGUGGACCAGUACAAAGAAUUCCGCCUGCUCUCUCUGCAACUAUCCCCGGAGUCAUUCAGCUCAAACUACGCACGCGAAGCGAAGUUCACAAAGGAUAGAUGGGAAGCCCGUUUGAGCAACCCGCUCGCAUCCAGUAUCAUCAUCACCCCCGACCCAAACCCAGGUUCAGUUGACGACCUCUCGCUGAUCCUGAACCAACCAUGGCUCGCAUCGCUUAUUCUGUAUGGCCCGCUCGAAGCCAAGACAGCGGCCAAAACAUGGGAAGAUCGGCAGGAAUUCGAACCGGGCAGCAUUUAUUUUGGCCCGGUUGCGGAUGAGAUCGAGUCUGCUUACGUUCUGAAUGCGAUUUACGUUCCUCCAUCUCAGAGGCGCAAGGGCUUGGCGAAUAAGCUGAUCGAAUACGCCAAGGGCCUUUCAGUCAGACGGAAUGAGAGCAAGAAGGUUAUGCUGGUUCUUCUGGUCAACUUCAACUCUGUCGCGGCUAUGAAAUGCUACGAGAAGUCGGGUUUUGAGGUCGUCCAUGACUACUGGUUCGAUGAUCCUAAUGCUUCUGGAACGACUCGAGGACAUGCAGCCGUCAUGAGAUUGGAUGUCGGCGGGAAUGAUGCUUGA